UUGCCUACCAUCCUCAGAUGUUACCCUCAUUUACAUAUAAAUCGACAAAAUCAGAGUCUAAUACCUAUAAAUCCUUAACCUUUCCACCUCCUACUUCACAAUCGAUCUCUGAGAGAGAGAGAGAGAGAGAGAGAGAGGAGAGAGAGAGAGAGAGAGAAGAAAAGAAGAGAAGAAGAAGUGAAAACCGACAAGGAGAUAAGGAGACACCGGCGACGAUUCCGGUCACGGAUGCGGGGGUUGUUCUGGUGGAGAGCCUAGGUUUUUUAAUCUCUACAUCCAAUCUUGUUCUAGACUUCAAGUAGCAUGAUUUCACAAAUCAUUUUUCACUUCAACUUGUUCACCAAGCCACAGAUUUCUCACCUAGGGUUCGUACAAAUCCCCAAAUUGUGUCCAAUUUUCAACGACUUCGUUUUUUUAGCACUACAAUUGAAUCCGAAAUGUGGUACGUGCUCCUGGGAUGGCUGAGCUCAAGGUGUCACUGGCUAAACCAGGUUUACGGUCUGAUGGAGUCUCGGUCUGGGAAUGGUCAGGCUCGGCAUUGGAUGAGGGAGACGAGACUGCUAAAUGGUUCACUGACUUCCUCAGGAAACCUAGCUGCUUGGUGCGCUUUAAUGAAGGUACCCACUAUCAAUCAAGAGGACGCGGCAAUAAGAAGUCAACCAAGGAAAACCAUGAUGAAGUUUCGAUCUGCCGAAGCCUUGGAACUGAACACCACGACCACCAAAUAUAAAGGACAGCCUUACCUUGGGCAGAUCCUGGUGUGUGAGGAUCAAACCAACAAGGGGAAGAUUGUGAGUGUUGGAGAUAUUAUUGAUGUGGAAAAGAUGGCAAAUACGCCCCUUCAUGUUGCCGCCAGUCAUAAUAGUGUUGAAGUGGUUAAGUUUCUUUUAAACUUCGCAAGGCCUGAAACUGUUGACUUGGAACCAAAGAAUAGGAUGAUAAAAAUGGAAAGAAACCUGCUAAAACCGGUUGUAAUGAAGCUGCAACGCUUCUUCUCUCUCACGGGGCUUCCACCGAAGGCAAAGAAAAUAAUGGAAUGAUAACAUUGCACCUUUUAGUUUGGCACUCGCUUAGAGCCGAAGAUAGCUCAACUGUGAAAACAUUGCUCGAGCAUAACGCUGACUGUAGUGCCAAAGAUGAUGUACUAAUGACUGGCUUGACUUUUUCUUAUGGGUGCUAAAUGGGUCGUGUUCACGGGUUCAACCCGAACCCGAAAAUCGUGUCAUACAUAUGAACCCAAAGACGACCCGAUUAUUCAUGGGUUGACCCGGACACAACCGAGGGUGCAGUGGUGGCGGCUCCUCAUAGAAUGACAAGAUGCGAUAUCUAAUGAGAGAUGCACUGUUGAAGAAUCUAUAAUUGGUAUUUUAAGGAUGUUUUGAGGUAAGUUAACUGUAUUACCCAUCAUUGUUUAAUCGAUCUUGCAGCCUCCAAAAUCUCCUUAUUUUGUUUACUUUUCGGUCCUAUAAACUGAUAUUCUAAUUUUAUGCAAAAUUAAUGUAAAACCCAUCCCCACUUUUUUUCAAUAAUAUAUAGAAACUGUUAAUCA